UGUAUUUCUUUGUUACCCUUGCUAAAUUAUUUUGUAAUCGGGCAGACGAAGGCACACUUUCUGGUUGGAAUCUGUAUGGCUGCAAGUACUGUCGUGGAUCAGAUUCCAUGAUGAGGGGCACAACUUGGAUUUACAGCAAUAGAACUGAGACCUGGACUAACUGCAUUUGAAAUCAGUUAUUCUGGAUUGAUGCAGCAGUAUGAGCUGUUACGUAGCAGUUGCAUGUGAAGAGAAGACGGAGUGGAAGUCAUUGUCAGAGGAUCCUGCCCUAAGCUGGGCCUGAAGAGUUCAUCCAGCUGACUGGUACAUAAACAAAAUCCAGAAGUAAAAAAGGAAAGUCCCUCUGCCACAAUGAGCUCUGAACACGAAGAAAUUGAUGCUGCAAAAACUGUUGUCAAUGGGCUGAGCAGCAACGGACAAGAAAAAGCUGUUGGCGUCCCUUUAUGUACACGCUCUAUUUCUGCCGUUAAAAUAAUCCCUGUGAAGAAAGUGAAAAGUUCUCCUCACCUAGUGCUGCCUACAGAAACGGAUCCCACUAAAGUCUGCAGUGGAAAAGGAGCUGUAACCCUCCGGGCAACUCCAGCCCAUGAAGGGAAUCGGAAUAUCACCUCGCCAUGUCCUCAGGAUGUUGAACAACCUGAAAGUCUGGAGCCAGAAAACUCAGAAACAGAUGAUUGGAGGUCGUCGUCCACCACUGAUGCCAAUGGGGAUGCCCAGCCGUCUUCUCUGGCUGCCAAGGGUUAUAGGAGUGUGCGUCCGAACCUUUCCUCAGAUAGCAAGCCACAGGCCCUUGCUCCUCCCCGUCCUCCUCUUCCCAAAGAGGAAAGCUUUGCAUGGCGUCCCCGCACUGACACUAAAGCGACCAACCUGUUGCCAGUGCCCAUCAUGGACUGCGUGUACCUGAAUGCACCCAAGCCUUAUACGCAGCGUGCAUCACCAACCACCAGUGCACGGUGUUAUUUGUCAUCACCUACCCCUUAUGGGGCCGUCCCCAGCGGGAAGCAAGGCUUGCCAGCAGGGCAUUCUUCCUCUUCAGGCCCCAGAGAUGAGGUGCAUGCUGGGCAGCCACUCUUGGAAAGUCGCUCCUCGUCGGGUGCAUCAUCCGUACAACACAACCCUGACAGGGCAGAUCCCAGUAGUAAGGCUGGAAUGAAUUCCAGUCAUGAGACGAAGGCGGAUAAAAAGGUCAGCAAACUAUAUGUAGCUUGUUUAUCUAACAGCACUUGCUCAGCCGCAUCUCAGAAUUCCGCUGGCACCACACAUGACCAGGCAGCCAGCACCAGUUUGGGCGCUGAGCUCACUCAGGCACCAGCCACCAACAUUGUUUCCUCUGUAACAGACACUGAAAAGUCUCUUCCUGCUGCUCCUCCUCCUCCUAUUCCUCCCAGGCCGUACUUUUACAUUGUCCUCAGCAAAGACGCAGUUAGUUAUGGUGCGGGCCAACCCUCCCGGACUCAGUCGCCAGCUCCGCAAGCUGUGAGGGACAGAGUGCUAGAGCCCCAGAGCACAACUGCCACAGAGGACAGGAUGAGAAAAGAGCCUUACCUUACUCAGCAGCGACAGCCACCAUACAAGGCAAUGGGACGCAGCAUGGAUGCCACUGCCACCACCACAACUCAGCCUGGAGUUAUAGUAGUCCCCCUCCUCCAGGUUAAUCCAGACAGACAACAAGAAGGCAGCUCCAGCACUCCACCACCGCCUCUGGUUCCUUUUGGGCAAGGCUCCGUAUUCCCUGAGAUUGUUUCUCCUGGCUCACCCUUGACCUUUCCAACUCUAGAUGAUUUCAUUCCCCCACAUCUCCAGAGGGGCUCCCACCAUAACCAAGCACCUUCCACAUCUGGCACAUUACCCUCUGUUUACCCGAAACUGCCAUUCUUCUCAUCACCACCUUCACUUGUCCCUCCAGUCACGGGGGCUUUGCACAGGGGCUUGAAGCCUGAAAUCACUGGAGUCAUCUCACAUACAGACCCAGGUCCUGUGCUAAAUGAAGUGCCCCAGCCUGGCACUGGCACUGACUAUCCAACCUCCAUCACUUCAAUCAGCAAAUCUGCCUCUGCCUAUCCUUCUACCACAAUCGUCAAUCCCACUAUUGUCCUCUUGCAGCACAAUCGAGAACAGCAAAAAAGGCUUAGUAGCCUGGCAGAUUCAGUGCCAGACAGAUUAGUUUCUGAUAAAGUUGAUUCAGCACUCGUACGGGACAAGCUGGUUCAGGAGACAGUGCCAAGUGAGAAGAGGUCAAUGGAGGAAAAGAGAAGCACUAUCAAGAGCCCUCACCACAUGGCUGAUACCUCUGUUGAUGAUAUUGGGAUUCCGCUGAGGAAUACCGACAGAUCGAAGGACUGGUACAAGACGAUGUUCAAACAGAUCCACAAGCUAAAUAGAGACACUCCUGAAGAAAACCCUUAUUGCCCUACCUACAUAUUUCCUGAACUUCCUGAAAUCCAGCAAAAACCUGAAGAAGACAAUCCUUAUUCUCCUACAUACCAGUUUCCUGCGUCUACUCCUAGUCCUAUCUCUGAAGAUGAAGAUUCUGAUUCAUACUCUCCUCGUUAUUCCUAUUCCGAGGACAGCAGAACCCAACUUUCAGUUCCCCGGUCCAAGAGUGAGAUGGACAAUAUUGAUUCAGAGAAGGUUGUAAAGAGGUCUGCCACUUUGCCACUUCCAAACCGUACUUCAUCACUGAAAUCAAGCCCAGAAAGGACGGACUGGGAGCCUCCAGACAAGAAGGUGGACACCAGAAAAUAUCGUGCAGAACCCAGGAGCAUUUAUGACUAUCAGCCAGGAAAGUCCUCCGUUCUGAACAAUGAAAAGAUGACUCGGGAUAUAAGCCCAGAAGAGAUAGAUUUAAAGAAUGAACCUUGGUAUAAAUUCUUUUCGGAAUUGGAGUUUGGGAAACCGCCUCCAAAAAAGAUUUGGGAUUAUACUCCUGGAGAUUGCUCUAUCCUUACUAGAGAGGAUAGAAAGACUGAUCUAGAAAAAGACCUCUACCUCUACCAGACUGAGUUAGAGGCAGAUUUAGAAAAAAUGGAGAAGCUUUAUAAAGCGCCACAUAAAAAGCCACAGAAGAAUACGGCAGGUGUUACUCCUCUGGAAACUUCCACAGACCAUUCUUCCUACUCCGCCUAUUCACCCAACUACAAUGCAGUGAAGAGGGAGUCGGAGCAAGCUCUGGGAGACCCUGCUGCCUUGGAGAAUGAAAGGCAAAUUUACAAGAGUGUACUGGAAGGUGGAGAUAUCCCGUUCCAGGGACUGAGUGGUCUCAAGCGACCUUCGAGCUCUGCUUCCACAAAAGUGGAUCGUAAAGGUGGGAAUGCUCAUAUGACUGCACCCUCUUCAGUUAAUAGCCGAACCUUUAACGCUAGUCAUACCGGUAUGUUAGGUCACGCAUGUAAACAUAAGAAGCCCUUAUCAGCUGCAAAAGCCUGCAUUACUGAAAUCCUCCCUUCUAAAUUCAAACCCAAACUAGCAGCUCCAGCUGCUCUUUUGCAGGACAAGACGGGUAUCUUGCUGUCUCACGAGAAAGCUCAAAGCUGCGAAAACCUUCGUAGCUCCAUUGCCUUGUUUGAUAAUAAAAAGGCUUUCAUGGUAGAUAUAGGGGAAAGCAUAGAAAACAUCUUUAUGAAGUCAAAGCAAGAGUAUGCCAUCAAAUCCGGCAGUACCAUGAGCCUGCAGGAGUAUGGCACCAACUCUAGGAAAGGCUACCUGUUCCCUGCCUCCAGGAAAAGUGGGAUGGAGUUUACAACACUCUAUAAAGACAUGCACCAGAUCAACCGGUCCAGGAUCCAUUUGGACACAGUCUCCUCCUGCAGCGUGAAGGAUAUUGCAUCUCAGUUUGAGAAUGAAGCAAAGGACAAGAUGGAGCACAGCCUUAGUCGAGAGGAUUCAGAGCAGAUCCCCAAAGACACUGUUUCCUCCCGUAUCAGUGCCUUUGAGCAGCUGAUCCAGAGAUCCCGAUCAAUGCCCUCACUUGACUUUUCUGCUGGACAAAACAAAUCCACCACUUCUCUUCAGUCUAAAAUUUGUCUGAGUGCUGCAUACUCUGCAGAGAUUCUUCUGGAUUUGUCAAAAGCACACCUAGAAGAGAAGGAUGCUGCCUGCUUGGCCAACAAAUCCUCUGUCUCCUGCAGCAAUGUGGAGGACACGGCUUCAGAUGUCAGUGAUGCCAUUCCUAUGGACACACUUUCAGCUUGCACAGAUGAGAUAGAUCUUCUCUCAAAUGCCUCCAAUGACAGUGGCAGCAGCAGCAGCAACCUCAAUGGGCCUCAGAAGCAUAAAAUCAACAGAUGCAAAGGCCCAUGCCCAGCUUCCUACACCAGGUUCACUACCAUCCGAAGGCACGAACAGCAGCAAGCCUCCAGGAACCCUGAUUCCAAAGGGGAUGUCUAUGGGGACAGGCACAUGCUCCCCAGAAAUGUCUACCUAAUGAGCCCGCUCCCAUUUCGAUUGAAAAAGCCCUUCCAACACAAAUCCUGCAGAACUCCACCCCCAGACUGCCUGACAAGCCUGGCAGUGCCCAGCCCUGAGAACCCAGAUGACCCCAUACAGCUGCAGGGGAAUGUAGGAAACAAGAGUCACCACUCCCAGCACCAACUGUUCUCCAGAAGCAGGCCUCUUGCCCCCAGGCGCCUGUCUUCCUUUGACAUUGUGGAAAGGCUUGGCUACUUCCCCACCAUGGGACCUAGCCGAGAUAGCUUCAUGGGCCGGGCUGACACUCCUGACUCCUUAAACAAUGGGAACCCUGUUCCAUAUGCUCUCUGUCACAGCCUGGACACAAACAACAACCCGCAAAGUGAACUUGGGACGUACCUAGGAGAUUCAGAAUCACCAAGGCAUUUUGCACCAGUUGAUUACAUGGAAACUCCAGAAGAAAUUAUCCGCAGGCGGCAUGAUGACAAAGAGAAACUUUUAGAGGACCAGAGACGGCUUAAACGUGAGCAAGAAGAAGCUGAUAUUGCAGCUAGAAGGCACACAGGGGUUAUUCCAACGCACCAUCAGUUUAUCACUAAUGAGCGAUUUGGGGACCUCCUAAAUGUAGACGAUACAGCAAAGAGGAAAUCUGGGUCAGAGAUGAGACCUGCUAGAGCCAAGUUUGACUUUAAAGCACAGACGCUAAAGGAACUUCCUCUGCAAAAAGGAGAUAUUGUUUACAUUUACAAGCAGAUUGACCAGAACUGGUUCGAAGGUGAACACCAUGGCAGAGUUGGCAUCUUCCCACGAUCAUACAUAGAGCUCCUUCCACCAGCUGAGAAAGCUCAGCCCAAAAAGCCAUUACCAUUGCAAGUAUUGGAAUAUGGAGAUGCUAUUGCUAAAUUCAACUUCAAUGGGGAUACCCAAGUGGAAAUGUCCUUCAGAAAGGGUGAAAGGAUCACAUUGAUUCGACGAGUGGAUGAGAACUGGUAUGAAGGAAGAAUCUCUGGCACCAGUCGCCAAGGCAUCUUCCCUGUCACUUACGUGGAAGUGCUCAAAAGGCCAGUGGUCAAGAAUGCCAUUGACUAUCCUGACCCACCAGUGUCCCUCUCCCCCAGCCGCAGCAUCACGGCUUCACCACAGUCUCCCAGCUCUGAGCUGCUCCAUACACCAACUCCUCCGCCUUUGCCUUUCGCGCGCCGCGCCCUAUCUCCAGAGGUGCAGGCGGUCACCUCUGAGUGGAUUGCUCUGACUGUAGGAGUGUCUCCCAGCACCACUCCUGCCAUAACUCCUCCAUUGCCUCCUCCGCCUGAAGCCUCCCUCUCUCACACUGACUAUCUCUCGCCUUCUGCUGCAGCCAGCCCUUCCCCCACACUCAGCCUCCACCAUUCUCAUCUCUCUGGCUCCUCGACUCCCAGGUCCAUUAAGUCCCCAUUGCCCUCUUACUCAUCUAGACCUCAGUCUUCUGCCCACAGUUUCUAUCAGGCCACUCCACAAAGCGAAGAAAAGUUUGUUGACUCCCCUCCUCCCAGCGUGACCUACUCUAACUCCUCUCGCUGGGCAGUGGAGAGCCCCGAAAGCAUCCUGGCAGAGCAGCGGGACACCACUGGCAGCCAAGCCUGGUUCCAAAAGACUAGAGAGGGCAACAGCAACCCUGAGCAGAGCGCUCACGCUGUUCCCAAGAUCUCUGUUGAGCGCUGCCUGAAACCAUCCCAACUAGACAUGCGUGCGAGCCCAGAAAAGAGACCUGUGGGUUCCUCUGAGGACAACCAGUUGUGUCAGGAGCUAAUGGCUAUUGUUCAGGGAGGUAAAACAGAGAAAAAAGACGUGAGGAAAGGUGAUCUGGGAAAGUUUCAAAGCGGGGAAAAGAAGACUACAGACUCAAAAGUAUUCUCUUCAUCUGCUUCUCUUACUUCCUCUACCCUCUCUUCCUCUACUGUCACAACACAGCCACCUCCCAGACUUACACGCAGAGUCAGUAAGCCACAGGAAGCUGUUUGCAAUGAGAUCAUAAACAUUGCAGAAAAGUCUGUUCAUUACUGCAGUACUAUUUCUCAGCCUCUUGACUCUCGCCACAAGGUGACCACUAAUGACCAUAAACCAUCUCUCAUCAUUUCUCAGCAACCUCAAGCACAGCAGCAAGGAGCCAGCCCUGAGCGAAGUCAAACACCACGAGACAUAGUUAGCUAUCAAGCCCUCUACAGCUAUACUCCUCAGAAUGAUGAUGAGCUGGAACUGAGAGAUGGUGACAUUGUCGAUGUCAUGGAGAAAUGCGAUGACGGCUGGUUUGUGGGUACAUCCAGGAGAACAAGGCAAUUCGGCACCUUCCCAGGCAACUACGUGAAGCUUUUGUACCUGUAAAAUAACAGUGAUCCUACCAUGUCAGUGAUGGGAUUGUUUUCCAGAUGAUGUUUUCAAACAGUGAAGAAACAGACAAUUUAUGAAUGUAAUGGACAAGAGACGAGAUGUGUUAGGAGGAUGUGGUUAUGUGGUACAGUAUUGAGUUGAAUGUGUAGCCCUGCUUCCACGGAGUCAGGGUGUGAUUUGUUUGCUGAAGAAGAGACAGUUUCUAGUUUACAGUGCUGCCUUUGUGUAUUCCUCUCCCUUCCUCGGCAAGAGUUUUGAUGAUAAUCUUAAUUUGUACGGAGUACCUCUGAGAAGGCUUCAGGGAAGCAUGUGGUAUAGGUUUUGUUUGUGUUGAGGUAGGAUAGUGCUUUGGGCAGUACGCAGCCACUCAUGUUCAUUGGCAGGUUUCAGGGAGUUCAGGCUUUCCUCACAGUUUCUGCCUCUCUGAAGACUCACUUUGCUCUGCUUUCCACUUCCUGUCAUGCAUCUUAAGACCCAGCAGAGGCAGUGGCUGGCUGACAGAGUUAAACUGCAGAGCACUGUGUGGAAAAGGAGCUUGGGACUGGUUUAAUCCAGAGACGUCAGAUAAAACAUAAUGCAAAUGGGCAAAAAUCCCAAACCCUUUAAUAACAUUACCAAUCUCUGCAGGUUUUUUUCUUUUGUGCAGGGUGUGUGUGUGUGUGUGUGUGAGUGUAUUGUGUGCAUCAAAAUGAACUGAGUCCUGUUUUUAAAGAGAAAUCAGCCUGGCUUUGACAUUUAUCUGCACAAAGAACAGAACCAAUAAGCAGAACAUCUGUGAGAGCAAAUCCUGGUUUUGAGUCCUACAGUUGUUCACUUUCUCUGCUCCUCAUGCCCUGUUGCUGGCCCUAAAGGAUCACACACUUUUUGCAGUAUAUGCCUCGGGAUGAAGGUUUUGCUUCUUUCCCAGCAUUAAAUCUUAGUGGCUCUAUUAAAUCUGAGCAACGUUAUCACUAAGGGUGCCUUUUUUUUUUCCUUUUUGUUACAGUGUUGAUGGUAGGUCUCAAAUAAAACAUGCAUUUUGGCUGCCUCUUAGUCAUGCAAAAAAGUCUAAUCAAUUUCGAAUGCUGUUCCCAGCAGUUACUACCCGUUACAUAGAUUUGUAUUUCCUUGAGGAAAAAAAAUAACAUGGCUUGGCUGGAUGCUUGCCUGUAAAUCCACUCUGAAUACUCUUUUGAUAGACAUUUUCUUAUUAAGAAAAAGCAUAAACAAAACCGGUUCUAUCAGACUCUGCUUCCUACAAUUACCGUACAAAUAGCAAAGGGUUAGAUUGCUAUUUUGUCAUAAGCCGUAUUUAAUAAUAUAAAAUGCCUAUUUUUAUGCUGAUGCUUUUAUACAGAUUUAUUAAGAGUAACUACAACUAACUGUUAGCACGACUUGCAAUGUUUUGAUAAACUAGCCAUGCUCCUGGGUUUGAAAUCAAGUAGGCUUGUCUUCCACCUAGGUCAGUGGAAGAGAAGACUCCGUGUCUCAGAAGUUUGACUGUAAAUAUGUAUAUUUAACUUUGUACAGACAAUGUACUUACCUUGUAUAGAAAAAUAAUUUAAACACAUUGAGUGAAGGGAGGGAAAAAAAGGCAGUUGUGAAAGGUUGGGUUUUUUUUCCACUUUUAUUUAAAUGAUGGAGUUCCAUGUAUGUUCACAUAAAGAGUUUUAGCACAAAACAUUCAUUAUGAAAGGCUUUCAGAUAUGACACAAAGCACUACUGUUUCUUUUCUGCAGGAGAUACAUUGAAUCCUGCAUCUUAUUUAUGGGUUUGUUGUUCUGCUUUGGAUUUGCCCUCCAGUUAUUUGCAGCAAUAUUUAGGCCUGUUGCUAAGAUUGGAUAACAUCAAAUUAAUCUAUCCAGCGAAAUAACGUGUUGAUAUUGAUUGUAUAUAACAUACUCGUUUAGAGGUUAAUUUUUGGUUCUUGCUCUUGCCAGUUUAAGUUACACACACACACACAUACACACACACUCUCAUAUCCACACAAAAUGCAACUUAUUUUUGUGUUGAUUUUUUGUUUCUUAUUGCAGUGGAUUACUAUUUGACAAUUAAUAAAUGGAAUUAUUGAAUUAC